CUCCCGAGUGGGGCGUAAAAUCUGCUAAACCAUUAAAGGCAACAUCCCCUCUCCUCGUUUUCUUCUCCUCCUCCCCUGUUUCAAAUUUCAUAUGCUGUACAAACAAGUUGCUAAUAAAGCUCAGCUGAACUGCAGCAGUGAUCAAAUAAAAUGUUGCCGUGCAUGCCUCGUUCAAAGCAACCCACCACCACUCCUCAUGAUGAAGGUGAACACUCUCCCGAUGAUCACCACAUUAAAUUCUCCGACAGAAUUCCGCCUCUUCACCCUAACACUAAACUACAACAAUCUACCAGAACCAUCACUUCUCAGAUCAAGGACAUGGCGUUGAAAGCAUCAGGUGCUUAUCGGAACUGCGCUCCAUGUACGGGUCCAAUGACUCAGCCUCAACGUCAGAAAAGUUUUAGUGAGUCGGAUUCAGGAUCAGACAAGUUCCGAUGGUCUUAUCGUCGCACAGGCAGCUCAAAUUCAGGAAAGGUUUGGGGGAAGGAAAUGGAGGCGAGAUUGAAGGGGAUUUCGAGUGGCGAGGCAACUCCAGCAUCGACUCUGUUCUCCGCCAGUGGACGCCGAGUUGAACCCGUGGUGUUGGUAGAGGAAAAUGAGCCUAAAGAGUGGGUUGCUCAAGUGGAGCCUGGUGUUCUCAUUACUUUUGUCUCCCUGCCACCUGCCGGUAAUCACCUUAAACGUAUUCGCUUCAGUCGAGAGAUCUUUAACAAAUGGCAAGCUCAGAAGUGGUGGGUUGAGAAUUAUGAUAAAGUAAUGGAGCUUUACAAUGUCCAGAGGUUAAACAAGCAAGCAUUCCCCCUUCCAUCCCCUCCAAGAUCUGAAGAUGAUCAGAGCUUGAAAAUUGAAUCUCUUCAAGGCAGCCCCGUUACACCACCAUUGAAUAAAGAACGGCUACCUCGUACCUUAUAUCGGCCAAUGGGAAUGGGGUACUCAUCCUCGGACUCCUUUGAACAACAUCCUAUGCACUCACGCCAUAACAAUGAUUCGUGUGGGCUUACUGCAACUCCCAAACUCUCUAGCAUUAGUGGCACAAAAACAGAUACAUCAUCAAUGGAUGCAUCUAUAAGGACUAGCUCAUCAAGAGAUGCAGAUUGCUCAGGAGAUUUAUCAAUCAGCAACGCCAGUGAUCUCGAGACUGAAUGGGUUGAGCAGGAUGAGCCAGGUGUUUAUAUUACAAUUAGAGCCUUGGCAGGUGGUGCAAGGGAGCUCAGACGUGUAAGAUUCAGCCGAGAAAAGUUUGGGGAGAUGCAUGCAAGACUUUGGUGGGAGGAAAACCGAUCCAGGAUACACAAGCAGUAUUUAUGAUCACCUUUAAUUCUGGUUUUGAGCAAGUGAAGCUUGGUGCCUUUGUAAAGCUGUUUUUUCUGGGCUACACAACUCUAGUUUCUUAUUCAGAAAGUUGUGAAGAUGAAUUUAGGAUCCUCUACAGUCUAUGGAUAUAUAUGGGGUUGAGUGGUAUACCAUAUUUAAGUAUCUUGGAUCUUUACAUGAGAGAAGAUCUAAGAUUUGUUACUGUUUCAAAGUAUUUGAAGAAGAAAGGUCUCCUUUCUUUCCCUUCUUUUUGCCAGUUGAUAUGUAUUCACCUUGAAUA